GGUGGAACCCUACCAUUAAACGCUGGCUCCUCGAAUCAUUAUGCUGUCUACGAAUAGGCUUUUACAUUUUUCUGUGCAUCCUGAUGUUUUUCGUUGAAUUGUCAUGGAACGCGGCAGCUGUGACUUAGAUGCUCAGUUGUUGGAGCAGUUUUAUUCUUUAGUGACAUCUGACAGAGAUGCUUUGGUAAAUCAACUGAGAUCGGUCAUUGGGAGCGGCAUUUCAUCCGAGUCUUGCAGCUUCUUCCUCGAUCUCUCCGGUUGGAAUCUACAAAGGGCUAUCGGUGCCUAUUUCGACUUUGGUCUUGAUGCUGCUGCAUCCUCCAGCACUAAUUUCACAACGCCACCUGACGGUCCGACUAGUCACACAUUCAGCAAUUCUAUUGACUUCGACUACACUCCUUGUCCCCCACUACCGUUCGAUCUGCGCAUUUUAAGUGCACAUGCAACCAUUGAAUGUGAUGUGGCUUUCAAACUAAUCGUAGAGAAUCGCGGAUCAGCAACCUGGUGCAACGGAUCUUACCUGCGCUCGGAAGCAAAUCCAUCCGUGGCGAAAUUGGCUAGCGUCGAUCACGUCUCCAACGCUGUGGUUUGGCUUCCGAUCGGCGCAGAUUGCCGUAUUCCUCUCCCCUGUGUGCCUCCGGACAAUUCGGCUGAACUCGUCAUACAGAUAUGUCCUUUGGACUCGACUAUUGCUAGCAGUUGGGUCGGCCCAGUCACGGGAGCACUUAGCUUUUGCCUUCCAUCAGAUGAAGUUUUUGGUGAGACGUUAUAUUGUACAGCCACGCCUGAUCCCGUGAAUGGACGGUGGGCCUUCCAACUUGGAACGCCGGAUAACGACGUUUCAAAAGAUGUGGACACCCCCAUGGAUGAAACAUAAUCAGAGAGUAUCCACGAAAGUCCGGCCUAACGCCCAGUCUGUGAUAGACUCACUCCACCUCGACUCUUUUCUUCCCACUCGACAAAUCACACCCAUCUUUGGGGGUUCUUUUGCUUCAAGAAUUUGUUCCGUGUUUUGUUUAUUUUUCCACUUUCCAUUUGAUCUGCGUCGGUUUUUUCAUACUUACCUGAUGCAUUAUCCUUUGUGAAGCUCUGCAGGCUCUGCUUACACACGAGUGAUGUCCUUCACCUCAUCUGGCCUUCCAAUCAACUUUUCAGCGCCAAUUCCUUGCUGCCUUAUGCCACAGUUAAAAUGCCCAACUUCGCUCUGCCGCAUAACUUUUGCACCGUGUAAUCUAUGCGGCACUUUUUGGCUUCGGUUACACUUCAUGCGUCAAUUCCCAUGAUCCUGCUUGUACAUUGAACUCUGUACACUUCCCUAGCUUGAUAAGUCCUUUUUGCUUCGUUCGGAUCAUUCAUUUCACCACAAACUACUGAAUCGCUGUCAAUUCGUAGAGCAACAAAGGCUGGAACAUGCGACAUCUGAUCUCUUUCGUUUGUAACAACCUAUACGAUGCAUAAUCCGAUAAAGUUGUACAAUUUCCAGCCGCACCCAUCUUUGGUCCACAGCGCAGUGUUAUUAUAUGAUUAUGCAUCGAAA